AUGGCAAGUAGUAGUGGACCGAGUGGAGCUAGUGUGCCUGGUGGUCUUGAUGUGGCAUGGAAAUAUGCUCGUCCAAUAGAAGGCAAUAAGCAUGGCACCAUAUGCACAUUUUGUGAAUCCACAUUUAAAAGUGGUGGAAUUACACGGUUAAAGUAUCAUUUGGCCGGAUUUGAUCCACAUAAAAGUGUAAAGAAGUGCAAAGAAGUACCACCAGAUAUUAAGAAGGAGGUAAUUGCAUGGAUAAAGGAGAAAGAGUCUAGCAAACAACAUAAGAAAUCUGUUGAAGAAAACAUAAGAUCUACAGCAAGAGAGGGAUACAUGGGCAAUAAAAGUAGCAAUCCUGUUGAUGAUGAUGAUGACGAUGAUGACGAUGGAUAUGCAUAUCCUCCAGACAUGCACCCUGCGGAGAAAGAAGAUUACCUUGCUGCCAUUAGAGCGUCGAAGCAAGAACGGUUUAGACAAGGAGGAGUUUAUGGAAUGGGAAGCAAACGAUUUGCAGGGGGAGCAAGUGGUAGUAGUCAACCGCAAUACCGUCGCACUCAAAGCCUUCGAGACCCACUUCCAUCUCCUCCGGUACCAAUGCCACACAAGAACACUAGAGCAAAACAGAGAAAAAUAAAAGGCAUGAUUAGAAACUCAGCAGAGGUACUUGGAAGAUACUGCAGCAAAUUCUUCAUACUUGAGAAUGUGGCUCCUCAAAAAGCAAGUUCCCCUCUUUUCAAGAAUAUGAUUGCUGCAGCCCAACAAGCAGGUCAAGGCGUAGCCACACCAUCACCUUAUGAAAUAAAGCAUAAGUACUUAGAUAUGGAACACACAGACAUGCAAGCCUAUGUGGAAAAGGUAAAGGAAGAUUGGGGCGUGUGUGGAUGCACCAUCAUGAGUGAUGGAUGGACUGGCCCCACGAGGUUGUCCAUAAUAAAUUUCAUGGUCUACUCAAGGGAAAACAAUUUUUUUGAAAUCAGUGGAUGCUUCAAAUAA